AUGUCGAAGCCUUUUGAUCCCGAGCAGGCCGAGAACCUGGAGGAUAUGGAGAAGCAGUUCGCUGUCAAGGCUGUCGAACACCUCAUGACAUACUCGGCGAUCCUCGAGAAGGUGAAGGGCUCGCAGCUGCGUCUCACUAAGAUGGAUGACGAAAUCUACGAGUCUUUCGUGACUGAGUUCCCCGAAUUCGAUCCCGCUGCCACCAUCAAUGAGGACGAAAUGAAGAGCAAGGCCGGAAAAGAGAAGUGGCGCAAUUGGAUCAACAAGUUCGAUAAGAAGAUUGAGGAUUUCAAUUUCGGCACAAUCAUCCGUACCCGAGCCGACGUUGAAUACGAUCAGGACACUACUGUCUUUGGUGUCCGCAUGCAAUUCUAUGCCAUCGAAAUUGCUCGCAACCGCGCUGGACUGAACGAUUGGAUCUAUGAGCGUUCUCAGAAGGCGAGCUCUUGA